AUGUCUGGCAGCGAUUUGGAUCAACUUUCUAUUAACACCAUCCGAUGCACCGCAGCAGAGAUGGUUCAGAAGGCCAAGUCUGGUCAUCCAGGUGCCCCUAUGGGCUGUGCCCCUAUGGGUCAUGCCAUUUAUGCCCACGCUAUGAAAUAUAACGCUGCCAACCCCCAGUGGUGGAACAGGGAUCGCUUCGUCCUCUCCAAUGGCCACGCCUGUGCUUUGCAGUAUGUGCUUAUGCAUCUUGCUGGUUACAAGGAUGUCGAUAUGGAGCAGCUGAAGAACUCCGUCAGUGUGGAGGUCACUACUGGCCCUCUUGGUCAGGGCAUCUCCAACGCUGUUGGUCUUGCUAUUGCUCAAGCUAACCUUGCUGCUACUUAUAACCGUGAGGGGUAUGAGAUCUUCAACAACUACACAUACACUAUCUGUGGUGACGGUUGCCUCGAGGAGGGUAUCAGCUCCGAGGCAUGUGCUCUUGCUGGUCACUAUGGCCUUGGCCGCCUCAUCCUGCUCUAUGAUGAUAACCAUAUCACCAUUGAUGGUAACACGGACAUUGCAUUCACUGAGGACAUCACUAAGAGGUUCGAAGGUAUGCAGUGGCAGGUCCUUGAGGUCGCUAAGGGCGAUACUGAUCUCUCUGACAUCCUUGCCAAGAUUGAGGAGGCCAAGAAGUGCACUGACAAGCCUACCAUCAUCAAGGUCCAUACCACCAUUGGUUAUGGCUCGGCCAAGCAGGGCACGUCCAAGGUCCAUGGGUCUCCCUUGGGUGACGAGGAUCUCGCCAAUGUGAAGAGGGAGUUUGGCUUCGACCCUGAGAAGCACUUCGAGAUCCCCGCUGAGGUCCGCAGUCUCUACCAGAGCGCCCUUGCUCGCGGAGAGAAGGCCAACAAGGAGUGGGACGAUCUUCUCGCUAAGUUCGCCGAGGCUUACCCUGCUGAAUAUGCUGAGCUCGUCAGACGCUUCAAGGGAGAACUACCCAUUGAUUUGGACGAGUGCAUUCCCAAGUAUCAGCCUGGUGACAAGGCGAAGGCCACUCGUGUCACCAGUGGCGAGGUGCUUGCUGCUCUCAUGAAGCGCCUCCCUGAGAUCGUUGGAGGGUCAGCUGAUCUGACUGCCUCCAACAUGACCAAUAUGGGCAAAUACCCCGUCAUGCAGAAGGGUGCCAUGCAGAACCGCUACAUGGAGUUCGGUAUUCGCGAGCACGGUAUGGCUGCUAUCUUGAAUGGUAUGCACGCCUAUGGUGGCUUCCUUCCCUUCGGAGCCACCUUUGUCAACUUCAUAGGCUACUGCUGGGGUGCUGUCAGACUCUCAUGCCUCUCGAAACAACAG